UUAGACGGAUGGUGAAAGAUGUUUAUGGUAUGAUUGAUACACCCAUAAGUGUUGGUGAGCAAGUGUUUGUAGCAACUCUAAAUGUGGUAUUGAACAUGUUAUGGGGUGGCGAAAUUCAGGGGGACGAGAGGAUUCGUGUUGGGAUUGAGCUUCGGCAGUUGUUUAAUAGAAGUACUGAGUUGAGCCUCAGACCUAAUAUUUCAGAUUUUUUUCCAAUUUUUAGAAGAUUUGACAUACAAGGAAUCGAGAAGGAGUCGUGGAAGAUUUUGGGGGAGAUGGAUCAGAUGUUUGAUUCGGUCAUUGAUCAGCACUUGAGAUUUGAUAAGGAGAAUAAUGAACACAAACAGAGAAGCGGUAAAGAUUUUUUGCAGUUUCUUUUGGAGCUCACGGAGACACAUGAUGUCAAAACACGAGUAACUAUGACUCAGCUCCAGCAAGUACCAGGUCGAGCGGAGAUAAACCGCAUAACAAUCUUAUCUCCAGAGAUGAGGUGAAAGU